UAGAGGGUUGUUCGUGUGUGCUUGGCCAUUUUCAUCUUCGUUUAUUCUACCAAAUUCGCAUUUUCUGUAACGGAUCAUGCUUAAGCAAUCUUCAGUUGUUAUUGGCAAUAUCGCUUGAGUGGGUGGGUUGUGCUGUUCGUAUCCUAACCAGUCUGUUCGAUAUUUCUGCGAUUGACUUAGUUUUGUGCACUUCCACGCUAGCGUUACGAAUGGCUCUUCAUCUGGUCUGUACAAAUUAAGUGUUAUAUUCCGCAACGGGUUGUCUAUCAUUUUCCCUAUAUUCCCACAAAUAGAUCUUUUUGCUUCAAAUCUGACUACUUGCGGAGGUCCUUUGUAAUGACAAAUCAUGGGAGUUGCUAUUCCGCUUGGCACGAGCGCCGCGAAUGCAAUUAAAAAUGUUAUUAGUCCUAGCAUGGUUGAUCUCACUAUUGUUCUUAUUCCCUUCCUUGGUCUUGGAUUCUUAAUUUUCCUAUUUUCAUUCUCUGGGUUACCUGACGACGACUGCUUCCAACUGUCCACUUCUAUCAACUCUAGAUCCUUCGUUAGAUCUUCAAUAUUUUCUUCAUUUACUGGCGCUUUUGGCUGUUUUCCGAUUGUGCCUGGUUGCAGUUUGAGGCAAUUUAAAAAUUCUUGAGGCGUUGUUAUGCCUUUUUUCAAUAAGUUCCAUGUCGUGUUGAAUGCAUUCUUUAUUAAAUUGGCGCCAGUGGUUGUAAUUGAAAUGGUGGCGUUCUUCUUUGAAAAGGGUUCUUCAAUAAACAUUGGUUUAUCAUCUUCUUUAUUUAUCAACUUAGCUUCUCUUAUGCUCAUCCCCCGAUCGAGAUGUUUUUCAG